CGGCGUCCGCCGUCUCCCAGCACCGCUUCUUCUGCCACAGCUGCAAGGGGGAGGUCAGCCCCAAACUGCCGGGUACGCCUGUCCCACUCUAUAGUUCCAUGAAGAGGUUCUCCAAGUGGCUUACAAAAAGUUUGCCUGAUGCUACACUUGAAUGCAAUUGUAUCGGGAACAGAAAUCAGAUGGUGCCUGUCUGAUGCCGGGAUCAUUCAGGUGGCAUUUCCUGCCCUUCUCCUUGGUCUUUCCUGGGGUCGCCAAGCAGCAAGCCCACUGAGGACCUCCUCGUUCAGCCCAUGGUGCACGUUCUGAGGUCAGAAGGACCUUUUCAACUCAAGGAGUACACUUGUCCCAGAUGUGAGUCUGGCUUCAUUGAAGAAGUAACAGAUGAUUCCAGUUUUCUAGAAGGCAGUGGCAGCAGCGGGAUAGACGACAGCCCCUCCACUCCAUUUGCAGAGUUUUGGGACCAGCUGGAUCGUUCAAUGGUCUUCCCAUUCCUGAGCAGUUCGUUGGAUCCUGAUGGCAGAGACAACGAAAGGGGCCACCAAGCCCAUGCAGACCUGUGGGGACCAAGCAGACCCCCGCGGCUGCCCAUGACGCGGAGAUACAGGUCCCGGGUUAGCGCGCGGCCCGACAGAUCACCCGCCAUUGAAGGAAUAAUACAGCAGAUCUUUGCGGGCUUCUUUGCAAAUUCAGCAAUUCCUGGUUCUCCUCCUCUCUCCUGGGGUGGCAUGUUGCACUCGAGUCCUGGGGACUACGCCUGGGGACAGAGCGGCCUUGACGCGGUGGUAACACAGCUCCUGGGACAGCUGGAAAAUACAGGACCUCCCCCAGCAGAUAAAGAGAAGAUUUCGUCUCUCCCGACUGUGACCGUCACUCAGGAACAAGUGGAUACGGGUUUGGAGUGCCCCGUGUGUAAAGAAGACUACACCGUGGCAGAACAGGUCCAGCAACUCCCGUGCAAUCACUACUUCCACAGCAGCUGCAUCGUGCCGUGGUUAGAGCUGCAUGACACGUGUCCCGUGUGCCGGAAGAGCUUGAAUGGGGAGGAUUCCACUCGACAAGCACCAAACUCGGAGGCAUCCACGAGCAACUCCUUUAGCAACGCAAGCCACCUACAUGAUCGAUGGACUUUCUGAAGCCUCUCCAGUGCGGUGGGGCGAGGGAGGGGGUGGCGCAGGCCUGUAGUAUUCCUUACUACAGUUGUAAAUUGUAUAACUAUAAACUACAGAACCAAGUAGCAAGAAGAGAGGAGGAGAGAGACCUGGCGCCACAGGUGGCACUCCAUCCCCACCCUGCCACGGCUGCAGCAACUGCCAGUCAUCUUUCCAGAACUGCUAGCAUCUCCAUCUGGGUCACCGCAGCAUCCAAAUGAUCUCUUUCUUAGUUUCCAGAGUGGUCAGUUUUACAGUUUGGCGAGGGGUCAGGAGGUUCCUAAAGGUUUGUGAAUACUUUCCCCUGGUAGCAGGAGAGGCUUCCACCCUUACAAUUCCACUGGCUUGCAGAGGGCGGGCAGGCUGAUGUUGUCGUUAGCCACUGGCUCCAUUUUCUUUUGGGAGUACAAGGAAAGGGCAGCUAGGCAUUGGCUGCGAAACUAUUUUAAAUGGGACGGAGCGAGGUGAGUGGAGGUGAUUUGCACAGGCCUUUUCCACUGUCAACCCCAAUGUUUGGGAUUUGAUUGACUCUUGUCUUUCCUGCAACCUAGGACAUACUGUAUUUUGGUUGAAUUUUCUUUGGCUUAGAUUGAUGGAGGCCCUGGCUUCCUUUUUUCUCUAUUCUGUUUUUCUGGAAAAGAUGGGUGGGGGAAAUUUGGCUCACAAGGAGAAGCAGCAGAGGGGAGCCUUGCAUUCCAUGAAAGCAAAGUAUAUGAUGCACCUCAAGUGAACGAUGCUGCCCUGCUCUUGUCCCCUGGUCCCUGGGUUUGCCUGGGCCAGAAUUCAAUCCACCUGCUACUUAAGACCUAUUUUUGCUGCCUUGUUGUCAAAUGGACCAUGUGUAGUUUAUUCCCCAGAUCAAAGACUGUCUUUUUUCCAAGCUAUUCUUCAGUAUUUUAAAUGAGAAUGCCAUCGCUCGAUACCAUAAAGAAUGUUUUGUUUUUGUUUUCCUUUUAAGUGUUUUUUCCUGCAACUUUUUUCUCCAUCUACCAUCUUUUCCCCCCCUAUUGCCCUUUUAUCUUGUGAAUCAUGUCUGAACUCAAAACUUCCUGUGCUGCACACUGCCUCUCCCUUCCCCCAAAGCACCUUGCAUCUGGAACCAGAAGGGUCUUUGGCUUUGAUAGGAGGAGGGCGAGGGCGAGGGUGAGGGGAGAUGGCAGACUCAUGUCCCGAGGAAUACAAGGAGAAGCAAAACGCCAGGAAAACCGCGUUGCCACUUCAUUGCUGUAACAGUGUACCAGGUACACUCAGUUUCAAACUUAACAUCUUCUGUUUGCUAUCGAAAGUUGAAUAAAAGUCUUUAAUAAGAAGUUGA